GUCUGAAGCCCCGCCCACAACAGUAGAUGAGGCCCCUGUUAAAGGGGAGGAGACUCCUGCAGAGGGGGAGGAGUCAGAGACGCAAGUGAAGCUCGAACAGGGCACAGGCUCCACCCACCAGGAAGAGCAGACCACAGAAGAGCGUCUUGAGUUGCUGGAAAGUGAGUUGGGCAAGAAGAGGAAAGAAUGUGAAGUUCUUGAGCAUGAGGUGCGGAAGAGACAGAAACGAUGUCUUGAUUUGGAGAACCAGCUUGUGGACGAGCGCAGCAGAAAUGAGCACUUAGUGGAGGAGGCAGAACUCCUCAGGAGAAAGGCUCAGCUGCUCGACCAGUCGCAGGCUGAAAAUGAGGAGCUGAAGGAACAGCUCUGUGUUUUGAACGCUCAGCAUAGUUCAGUUCUGGAGGAGAACCAGCGACUCCGUGCAAAGCUGGAGAACCUAGAGCAGGUCCUAAAGCACAUGCGAGAGGUCGCCGAGCGCAGGCAGCAGCUGGAACUGGAGCAUGAGCAGGCACUGGCUAUCCUCAAGUUCAAACAGGAUGAGAUCAAGCGACUCCAGCGGGCUCAGUUAUUUGCUAAAAGAGAACAUGAAGGUGUCGUGCAGAUGCUGGAGAAUACACUGGACUGCAUGCAGGCAAAAGUUCGUGAGCUGGAGGAGAAAUGCCGCAGUCAGAGCGAGCAGUUCGGGAUGCUGUCACAGGAACUGGACAAAUUCAGGGUUCAGGCCUCAAAGAUCGACCUGUCGGGCCCCGGCCUGACCCAGCUGACCAAUGGGGUCGGCCUGUCCGGCACAAGUGCCUCAUGGGAAGACAUCGCGUUCUGGAGUUUGGAGGGUAAUGAAGCCCUCUGUGACACCUCUGAGUCUGAUGUGGCUGCGGUUUUGCGGACGGGCUCCACUCCACACGCAGCUGAACUGUCCCGUCCCGAACGCUCACCGACCGCCAAACACCGAGAGCUGCCUGCCAUCAGCCUGAAGUCCGGCUCCACGUCCAGCCCUACGCCACCCAGAUCGCCUGAGACAACUCACCUCUCUCCCAAAUCUGCUGGAUCUCAGCCGGCCAGCCCCAGAAAGGCCAGCCCUACACAUGAGGUGGACACUGCUAGUGAAGUUGAGGAGCUGGAUAUUGAUGUUUCUCAGGCGUCGUAUUCAGUCAGUAAAGGAGCAGCGAAACUCCAGGUCUUCAUCGCACGGUACAGUUACAAUCCCUUUGAUGGUCCUAAUGAGAACCCAGAGGUCGAGUUGCCCCUCACAGCGGGGGAGUACAUUUACGUCUAUGGAGACAUGGAUGAUGAUGGCUUUUAUGAGGGCGAGCUGAUGGAUGGCAGAAGAGGCCUCGUUCCCUCCAACUUUGUGGAGCGCGUGUCGGACGAUGACUUCAUGAACUCACACCCUCACCAGGCUGGCGAUAUGUCCCAUAAUUCCUUCCAGGAGAGCAGCUUCCACAGUGGCAGCGAGCGGCUGCACCAACACCACUUACGCUUCGCCCACAGCGCCUCCGAGAGGACAGAGACCUCCACGACAGCAUCAGCUCCCGGUGAAAAUGCCAAAGCUAACCCUGCCCUGGCCGCCCCGCUCAGUAAUGGCUUAGACUUGGAUCUAGAGGAGGUUGGGGUGGACACUGUGCCUUACCCCCGCAAGCUAGCACUAAUCAAGCAGUUAGCCAAGAGUGUCAUCAUUGGCUGGGAAUCUCCACUGGUCCCGGCUGGCUGGGGUUCUGUAUUUAGCUAUAAUGUCUACGUGGACGACGAGUUGCGACUCAAUGUGCCAUUUGGUACCCAAACGAAGGCUGUUCUGGAGAGGCUAGAUUUGGCGCAGAAGGCAUAUCGGAUUGCAGUGCAGUGCCUGACGGAGCGAGGCAACUCGGAUCAGCUGCGUUGCAGUAUGCUAGUUGGACGGGACGUGAGCGUAGCGCCGACUCAACUGCGUGUUGAACGCAUAACGGCUACCUCAGCCAGUCUAACCUGGCUGCCUAGCAGCAGUAACUAUGUGCACAUUGUGUCUUUAAACGACGAGGAGUGUGAGCUGGUAAAGGCGGGAUGCUAUUCACUAUGCCUCAGCAACCUCACACCCAACAUGCAUUACAACGUUAAAGUGGAGGCCAGGCCACACCGCACAGCCUGGGAACUACCGCCGGAGUGCAGAGAACAGAAAACCGCAGUGACCUCUUUCACAACCCUGUCUGCAGGUCCUCCUGAUGCUCCUCUGGAUGUGCAGUUGGAGCAGGGCCCAUCUCCAGGAAUAGCUCAGAUCAGUUGGCUGCCUGUUACUAUAGAUGCUGCUGGGACAUCCAAUGGUGUACGAGUCACUGGCUACACCAUCUAUGCUGACAGGAAGAAGGUAUUAGAGGUGUCGUCACCCACAGCAGGCAGCGCUCUGAUUGGUCCAUCUCAGAUCCAAACAUUACAGGUGGCCCAUGAGCUCACCGUGCGGACCAUGUCAGCUUUUGGCGAGUCGGCAGACUCAUUGCCGGUGAAUGUGCCCGCCAAGUUGCCUGCCAUCAUGUCCGGUGCCUCAUUGCCUCAAUGCCAGUCUGUGCCAGCCACCGCCAGUGUCCUCACGGCCAGUGCCAACCCAGAUCCUGCUGUCUGUGCCACAUCUCUCUCAUCUGCCAAAUUGCCCAUUCUGCCACACACUGCUACAAUGGAUGAACACACCACUGGUCCUGUUCGGGGAGUCUAUGUCAGUGCACCCAAUGCAACCACCCGUGAGGUGUCUCCAUCUCCUGCUUCCUAUGUAGAAGCCUGGGCAAACCCAACACCAGCUGCACCCAUGCCAGCACAGGAGGCACUGUCGAUAUGUACCUCAUGUACUAACUCAACAGUGAGUGUUACACAUGCACCCAUGGUCGUGCCUGUGCCUCUUGCUACACCAACAUCCAUGGCCAUACCAGCUCCUUUGACCUCACUAGGAACUAUGCCCACACCAUUGUCCAUGACAGUGGCAGGUCCUGUAGUUGUGCCAGCACCUGCUACCAUGCCUGUGCCCAUGUUUGCGGCCAAACUUGCACCUAUACCCGCACCUAUUGUUGUACCUGCAUCCGUGCCAGAGCAGUCUUGUGUGGCUCCUGCUGUGCAAAACACAAGCAGAGAGACAUACAGCCCAGGAGGCCUGCGUCCUGUUGCCUCCCUCUCCGACUUCUUGGAAGAUCCACGUGCCAAACUUCACACACCACCACCACCCAGUUCCACCUGCCCCAAAGUCAACAUCCCAGGAAAGGACCCUCUGGAUAUUCCAGAUACGCACCCACUGAGACCCCCCAAUCCGUCACCCUUUGAAUCAGAGCCAGAGGAGGACAGGGAGAACACCAGGCUCGUAUCCAUAGAUGAGUUCCUGCGGCCUGUACCUCAACCUCGAAUAAAGGUCUAUGCUGGUGGUCUUAUGGACCCUCCCCCAGACUACCAAGGGGAGAGCAGUCGGUCUGAUCUGUCUGACAUACUGGAAGAAGAGGAGGAAGAUCUGUACUCUGAACCAAUUACUGACAUCUCCAGAGGUUACAGUACAGCUCCUACGGGCAGGUCUGAAAUGUGGGAACCUGACAGCGAUGAAGAAAUUUUGGAGAGGAUUAUAAAGCUCCCCCCUCAAGCCUACCACAACAAGCAGCUCUUUAGCAUCCCAGAAGUCACAGAAGAAGAAGACAACACUGAAUCUGAACCCUACACUAGGCCUUCCCCAGGCCGAACAACUUCUGGCAAGGGCCGCCAAAGUGGACAUGAUGGUCGUCAACAUUCCCCCAAUCAUCACAAUCAGGGACAUAAAAUGGAAUCUGAUUCCCCCGUAGUAAGGUACAAAGGGAAUGUGCCAGUCAGGACUAGACCCAGAGUGCACUACGCUGAGACGGUGGACACCAUCAACUAUCUGGAUGAGGAGGAGGUGGAGUUGGACUCUGACAGUAGUCUGUACGCUGGGCCUAGUUCUGUUAAUGUGGCUGCACGUUGUACACCGCACAAAGGUCAUGGCGACCGACUCAGGAGAGAGGCCUUGCUCCGUAGCCAGAUGACUUCAGGAAAAGGGCAGGGACCGCAUUUACUUAGCAAGACCAUUCACCGUGUGAAGUCACCCACUGGACCCUCAACAGAGAUUGACGUAGAGUAUGGAACCGAUAACGACGAGGAGCCUCAGCUGUUUGAUCCUGGAGAAGUGGUGUUAGAACAAAUGAGCUCGGAGUGGUGGGUUGAAGGCGGUAACAAUGAGUACCACCACUUGCCCCUGACAUGCAGACCCCAGCCAGAGCUGCCCCAAAGCAGCCGCUCAUGGGAGGCAGGUGGAAGAGAAGCAUCGUUGGGAGAUCCAGGUGCAAUGUGGUGCGAUGUCACUCCAAAAUCGCCACGGUCUGAAAUUAGACUACAUAGAGAGCCCAGAGCAUCUGGAGAAAAUGAGGUGAGAGUCUUCGUUGCCCUCUUCCCAUAUGAUCCUGCAGUCAUGUCCCCCAAUCCUGAUGCUGCUGAAGAAGAGCUUCCCUUUAAAGAAGGACAGAUUAUCAAGGUUUAUGGGGACAAGGAUGCGGAUGGUUUCUUCCGGGGCGAGGCGGGUGGCCGUCGUGGCUAUGUGCCGUGUAACAUGGUUUCAGAGAUCCAGGUUGAUGAUGAGGAGACCAGAGACCAGCUCCUGAAGCAGGGCUUCCUCUCCACAGAGACCUCAUUGGAAAAGAUAGACGCCCGCUCACAUGCACAGCUUCCACGCCGCCCCGCUGCACCGCCGAAACCUAGACGCUCCAAGAAAGUGGAGUCGGCUGCGGUGUUGGACGACACGUCCGCUAUGGACUCCUCCAGUCAAGACCUUAGUCGCUCGGCGGGUCCGAUGGGGAGCUCCAGACCUCGCAGGAUGGUGGCCAUCUUUGACUACGACCCGAGAGAGAGCUCUCCAAAUGCAGACAUAGAGGCUGAACUGACCUUCAGCGCAGGCGACGUUAUCUAUGUGUUCGGUGACAUGGACGAUGACGGCUUCUACUAUGGGGAUCUCAAUGGACACAAAGGCCUCGUACCUUCCAACUUCCUGCAAGCUUUUCCAGAGACAGAAGAAGAUGCAGCACGGACGGAGAACACAGUGACAGAGAGCCGCAGGGAUUCACAGGGGAGUCAGACAGAAUCGUCUGAGCGUCUUGAUCCUCUGAGCUCCUCUCAUCCAGGACUAAACCCUGAGCCGGACUCAGAUCAGAAACCGUCCCUGAGCUCGUCUUCACCCGUGACCCCUCCGGCCCCCCAAACCUCCCUGCCUCAGAAGAAGAAGAACGGGUUCUUCUCCAAGGGAAGGAAGCUUUUCAGAAAGCUGGGCUCCAGCAAGAAAGAAUAACUGUGAGCCUGAAGAUCUGCAGAUUGCACUUUUUCUUGUGUGUCGUGAUAGUUUAAGUGUGUGUCCAUCCAAUAGGAGAAUCCUUCUCAUUCUGUGAUUUUUGCCAUAAUGAUGCAGAUUUACCAGCGCUUUCGUCUGUCCGACUGUUUCUUCUUUUCAAAAAAAGCUAAUAAUCGCAAUACUUGUGCAAAUAGGGAAAGGGUCUGAACCCGUUAAAGCUGUGACUAGAGCUCAUGCCUGUUUAAAAGCGAUCAAAUACUCAUUUCAAGAGUAAAAAGAUAGCAAAAUAUUCUAAAUAAAUGCUCAGCUUUAAUAUAACAGCAUCUAGACAUGAAUCUGCUAGUGUCUCAAACAUCGUCCACUGAAAGGCAGAGCACACUUAGAGGACAGAUGUUGAAUUCUGGAAAAUAAAGCAUGAAAAUAAAGUGACAAAAUAAUUUUUUGCACUACAUGUAGGGUCCAAGACUGCAGAGCUGUGUUCCUUCACCUGGUGUUAUCCAGUUAAAGCUAGAAUAAUACACCAACUCAAAUCAUUACACAUUCAUUCAUUCGUUUACACUGGAGAAAAUCUGAAUGAUCGCCGACUGACCGAAAGCUUUUUUAUUGUCUAUAUCACAAUAUUUCACGGACAUUCAGAUUAUUUGAUUAGUAAUGUUGUUGUAUUGUACUGAAAAUAGGGUUUUGUUAUAUUCUACACACUCCUGUGUGGAAGCCCGUUUCUGCCAC